UUAAUCACAAGUCGUCAAGUCUAUACCUGUGUCACCAUGGCCUGUGCCAUCCGGUGAAAGCUUUUCUUGUGUGCAGGGAGGUAGCUGGUCAGCUGCGCGGCUGGUUACGACUCGGGAACGCGAAGCCAUCACCCAUGUCCGCCCGCCUCCUCUCCUUCCUCCCACCUUCCUCCCGCGUCGCCAUUCCAGAGCAGCGCGCCGCGCAGACACGGUCUCCUCACGCACAGCCCGUCACUACCACAUCCCUCCCCCAUAACCCAACGCCGACUCCUUCAACUCCGCGUCUUCCCCUUCGCAUGAUUGGUUGAGUCUCUUCUCUCCUUGCCCAACUACUAGUAUUUCUUCUCCCGAUCCAAGAAACCGACCACCAGAGCGAAGUCCAAGAAACGAUUUUGGUUCGGGACGAAGCCAGCCAACCAGAGCAGCAGCCCGAUCCAAGAAACAGCCGCCAUGAACAACUUGUUCUCAAGCUCAUGGAAGCGCGGCGGCGGCGGGGGGGACGGGGACAUCGAGUCCGGUGGGGGCGUGGAGAUGUCUGCGCCGCCCGGGGCCGCGGUGGGGGCGAGCCUGGACAGGUUCUUCGAGGACGUGGAGUCCAUCAAGGACGAGCUCCGCGACCUGGAGCGCAUCCAGCGGUCGCUCCACGACGCCAAUGAGGGAAGCAAGUCGCUGCAUGACGCCGCCGCGGUGCGCGAUCUCCGUGCGCGGAUGGACGCCGACGUCGCCGCGGCGAUCAAGAAGGCCAAGGUGGUGAAGCUCCGCCUCGAGUCGCUGGACCGCGCCAACGCCGCCAACCGCUCUGUGCCCGGGUGCGGACCGGGUUCCUCCACGGACCGCACGCGGACCUCCGUGGUGGCCGGGCUCCGCAAGAAGCUCCGGGAUUCGAUGGAGGCCUUCUCCUCGCUCCGGUCCCGCAUCGCCUCCGAGUACCGCGAGACGGUGGCGCGCCGCUACUUCACGGUGACGGGGUCCCAGCCCGACGAGGCGACCCUGGACGCGCUGGCGGAGUCCGGCGAGGGGGAGCGGUUCCUGCAGCGCGCGAUCGCGGAGCAAGGCCGGGGCGAGGUGCUGGGCGUGGUGGCGGAGAUCCAGGAGCGGCACGGCGCGGUGGCGGAGCUGGAGCGCAGCCUGCUGGAGCUGCAGCAGGUGUUCAACGACAUGGCGGUGCUGGUGGCGGCGCAGGGGGAGCAGCUGGACGACAUCGAGGGCAACGUGGGGCGCGCGCGGUCCUUCGUCGACCGCGGGCGGGAGCAGCUGCAGGUGGCGCGGAAGCACCAAAAGAGCACGCGCAAGUGGACGUGCAUCGCGAUCCUCAUCUUCCUCGUCAUCAUACUCGUCAUCGUCCUGCCCAUCGUGCUCAAGAACGUCAACAAGAAUUAGUAGCCUUCCUGAUCAUCUGCGGGAGACUUUUUUCUCUUUCUGAUUCAUUUUUUUGCCGUAGUUUUGUUUGUUCGUGGCGUUUGUCUGAUAUGGUUAGCUGAUCGACUUGAUGAUUAUAUUUACUGGUGGUUUUGUUCAUAA